UCACCCGUUACGAGAGGCCGUGACCAGGAUGGUACGUCAGGAUGCCCUGAAGAUCUACAGGGAUAAAAAAGCAAAAUUCAAGAAGACUUGGUUCACUGACAGGGGUGGGUCCCAGAGGCUGGCAGAACUGGAGGGUCAACCUCCGUAUGGGAUGCCUCCACAGGUGUGGAGUUAUCUACUGGGUUACUGGACCAGCGAGCCCCGGAUGAUUGCUGCCCAAAGAAACACGACAAACAGACAGCAACAAAAUAAUUUUGUCAGUACUCACGGUCGGCAGUCAUACGCUCAGCGUGAAUGGCGUUACGCUGAAGAUAAUGACGGGCGACGUGAGGACCCGCCCGAGUUUUAUUUGCGGGCCCACACGAGACGAGAUGGGAUGGUGCAGGACGCAGUUAUGCCCAUUUACGUAAGAUCUUGCACAAAUCCGGGAAAAAGAUAUUUUUUUGGUAUAUUUAUAUUAAGUAUAACUAAUUUUUAGUUAUUAUUAACUUAAUUUUCAUGUGCUACAGGAGCAGCUUCUUGAUACCCACCAAAGACUUUCCCAAGUGCCCAAUACCCCGCCUACGCAGACAUAUGUGGACGCUUUAGGGACACGAUCAGGACAUACUCGUGUGGUUGGGCGUGUGGUUAGGGGAACACGUGGACUGAAUGUCCCCCUCCCAGAGGAUAUAGAGCAACCCUUCCCAGCCCAGCAAUCACCGUCCUUUAACGUCAAUGAUAUGUUCGCCCAGGGUAGCCCUUGGACCCAGUCAUCAUUCAAAGACGGACCUAGCACGUCAUCAUCCCAUGCUGGGCCUAGCACAUCACGGGCCCCCACACAACGGUUGGGUAGUGAUAGUGAUAGUGAUAGUGAUGAUGAAAGUGAUUAGUUUUCCUUUUUUUUAUUGUUUGUAUUCAUCGUUUAACUGAAGUGUGAUUUCCUUUUGUAAUCUUCAUUUGCGUGAUAUAAUCAUUUGUUUUUUUUUAUGUUU